AUGGAGCAGAGUCCCGUGUCGUCUGGCCAAGGCUGCUGCCUUCCCAAUGAGAUUUGGUCGAUCAUCGUCGACUAUGCUCUCCGCAUGCCUCACCAAUUCCGCUGGGAACUGUGGCAGCGGUACCGUCCUGUCAACAGGCUAUUCAAGGAAGUCACAGAAGACUAUUAUAUUGAAAAGUAUCUAAAAAACACCCAUCUGGAUAUAGAUUGCCCAAACUACUUCAAUAUUGGGCCUGAUGUCCCUGAACUUACUGAGAAUUAUUGCUUUGACGGCUGGGUGGACGAUACGAAGCAGAUGGCCAUCCUCCGGUCGUCUCUCACCUGCGGUGAUCGCGGAAGCACUGCACAAUCCCUCACUAUCGCAGACCUAAUUGACGAUCAGCUGUCUGCCUUCACGGAGCGGGGCUAUCAUCCUUGUAUGGCAAUGAUAGUUGGGGAUGGUGCGACAGAUAUGCUCCCAAUGGACCUCUCCUGCCAAUCCACUGCCUCGGACCGCUAUUUUGUUUUCAAUUGGCGGGAAUACUUCUGUACGCUUUUUGAAGAGCUCCGACGAGUAGACAUUUACCAUUCAGUACUACGAAGGUGUCCGAACCUUGUCCAGCUUGCGUGGAAACUGGAUCACCAGGCCCCAGAGGAGGGAGACGAACUGGCCACGGAAUACGAUGUCGUAUUCGGGGGAGACGAAGUAGAGGUACUUCAGAAACUAGUCGGUGCAGCACAGACUCCGUUGGUUGGUCAAGAUGGUCGGCUGCUCGAUUUUCGAAGAAUGCGACGACGUCGGUUGGGAAUCAAAUCUGGACAGGUUGAGGAUGCAACGUGCGGCCCGUCAUCAAUCCUUCUGGAUCGUUUUGAACGACUUGAUGAGGAGCUUGUUGCGCAGAAACUACACCUGAUCUCGUUGGACUUUUCUGAUGGCAGCAGUAGGGGUCUCCAGUGGUAA